AUGGAUGCCUCUACCCUUAUAGUUGCUGGCUUCAAUUUCACUCGGGCAGAGACCUUCGGCACCGCGGUUUAUCGGUUUGUAGCCGACCGUUCCUUGGUCGUAUACGGAAUAGACAAGUUCGCCUGGUGCCAGAGUCAGUGGUGUACGUCAAUCUUGGAGUGGCUUUUACGUCCUGAUGUCCUCGCGGUCAUCACCGCAUGGUGGAUAACCUUCGCCAUCAUCACGACGCUCCUACUGACGAUUGGGUUUGGGCCGGCUGGGAUAGGGUUAGGUAGCUAUGGCUCUUGA